UUAUUGUUGAUAGAUUCUGACCGUGGCCCUGAAUUAAUUAUGGAGUGAAUCAGCUAAUAUACUAUUUAUAAGUUUAUCGAAGGUAUAAAUUAAUCUUUUCUUUUGAUUAAUCUUAGUUGAUAUUUAAUAGAACAAGUGAUACGUUGUGCUGCUGAAAAUGAUCAAAUCAUUUGUGUUUUGGUUUAAUUUUAUUUUUUUACUGCCUUCGGUUUUCACUGAAGUUCCAUCAUACUUACCAGUUUGUGGUAGAAGAAAUCCAAAAUUGGAUGAAUGUAUUUUAAAUAGUGUCAAAACAGUAACUCCACUAUUAGUACGAGGAAUACCAGAGCUGAAAGUGCCUCCAAUAGAACCUCUUUUUCUACCUGAAGGGCUUUCAUUUUACAACCUCAAGGAUUUUUCAGCGUCUACUAAAAAUGUUAAACUAUCAAAUCUUUCAGCAUUUGAACCAAGUAAUUUUCAUGCAGAUCUUGAUAAAAAAACCAUAACCUUCAAGGUACAUUUUGAUCAAGUAAAAACAGAAGGUGAUUAUGUUGUUGAUGCCAAAAUUCUAGUUCCAAUCCAUGGAGAUGGUUAUAUUACUAUUGAUUCAUAUGAUAUUAAUGCAGAUGUUGUGCUUCAAUAUAAAUUAAUAAGUACCAAGAAAGGACAACAAUUGUAUUUUACAGGAAUGACCUGUAAAAUGAAAAUUGCUGAUUAUAAAUGUAACUUUACACCAUAUGAUAAAUCAAGUACAACUCUUGCUGAUGCAAUCAAUACUGUCAUCAACUCUAACCGUCAAGAAGUGUUGGAAACUUUUAUUCCCAUUCUUGAAAAAGCUAUUUCAACAAGAGUACUUGAAAUUUCUAAUAAAAUUUGCAAAAACUUUACUUACGACGAACUGUUUCCAGAUCAUGAAUGAUAUACUCAAAUACACUCAAAUCAUAUUAAUGUUACCUUGAAAAAAUAAGUUUAUAUAAUAAAACAUGUUCUAGGACAAUCAGUCAAAUUUAUAAAUUGACAAAAAAUUUGAAAUUAUAAUAAAUAUUGUUAUUUGAUAAA